AUGUUAAAAAAGCGAAAAGUAAUAUUUACAAAAACACGUCAAACCCUAUUAUUGGUUUUAAUAAACAAAGAAAUGCUUGUAUACUUUCUAAUUAAAACAACUGAAAAACACACAAUUAAUCGCAUAAUGGAAGCAACUUCUCUUGACAACUUCAAGAAACUUGUCUCUCAAGGGCGGUCUGUUGUUUUCAUCUCCACUUCCUCAUGUCCUUCAUGUCGUUCAAUUCGUCCAUAUUUUAUUCAAAAGGCUACUGAAAAUGAAAAGUCUUCUCUUCAUUUUGUGUUGGUGAAUAUAACUGACAUUCCCGAGUUUAAAGAUAUUUUACAAGUUCGCACUGUACCCACAUUUGCUUCAUUUCUCGAUGGUAAACCAGUGAAGACAUUUUCUGGAAAUUAUCGUGAUGAGUUGGAUAGAUUUGUUGAGAAAAACUUGCGUAUGACUCUUAGUACACCACCACAGUAA